CCUACACUAUAAAAUUCACCUUCCGUUUCUCUCCCUCUCAACUCAAAACCUAUACUCAAAAUUUCUCAGAUCAUAUAGGAGAUGGAGAAUCUUAGCCUUAAUGAUCUCUCUCAGAUCCUUCCUCGUGUCCUUGUCGUCUCUAGACGCACACUUCGCAAGAACAAAUUCGUCGAUUUCGUUGGUGAGUACCAUCUUGAUCUCAUAGUGGAGCACGGUGCUGUGCCGGUGAUUGUACCACGAGUGGCUGGUGUUCACAAGUUGUUGGAGAGCUUCAAGCCCAUCCAUGGAGUUCUCCUAUGUGAAGGAGAAGACAUCGAUCCUUCUCUAUAUGAGUCCGAAAUAUCGUCACUUUCACCUGAAGAACUCGACGAGAUCCGGAAAACACACGCCAGUGAUGCAGCUAUUGACAAGGAAAAAGACUCUAUUGAGUUUGCUCUUGUAAAGCUAUGCCUUGAACAGAACAUUCCUUACUUGGGGAUUUGCAGAGGAUCACAGGUUUUGAAUGUUGCUUGUGGUGGAAGUCUGUAUCAGGACUUGGAGAAAGAGCUCACAACUAAGCUCCCCGAGGAACGUAGAAGAAAGCACAUUGAUUAUGAUGACUAUGAUGGUUAUAGACAUGAAGUGAAAAUAGUAGAGAACAGUCCUUUGCAUAAAUGGUUCAAAGAUUCCUUGGAUGAAGAAAAUAUGGAGAUCUUGGUCAACAGUUAUCACCACCAAGGGGUUAAGAGAUUGGCGCAGAGGUUCGUGCCAAUGGCAUUUGCUCCUGAUGGAUUGAUCGAAGGGUUUUAUGAUCCUGAUAUGUAUAAUCCUAAAGAGGGCAAGUUCUUAAUGGGUUUACAAUUCCAUCCAGAGAGGAUGAGAAAGAACGGUCUCGAAGAAUUCGAUUUCCCUGGUUGUCCUGUCGCUUAUGAGGAAUUUGCAAAGGCAGUGAUUGCAUACCAAAAGAAGCUGAAUAGCUCUUUGUCAGUUCCUAAAAAAUUGGAACUCAAUCCAGCAAUGGAAAACAAAAGAAAGAUACUUGUCAGGAGCUUCUCGCUUGCGAGGUCUAUGUACACUAGAUCUUAUUCGAUGAAGAACCAAUCCACAGAAUCAGAACUCAAAUCAAAUACGGCUCUAAGUUUGGAGCAAGAGAUGAAGCUGAAAGAGAUGGGAGCGACGAUGAGGAACGGUGGACCAUUAACGCAAAAGCUUAAGCUUGAUGAGGAGAAGCAGAAGAAGGCGAUGAACAUAAUGAAUAAAAUGAACGUAGAACGACUCUCUGAACUCAUUGCUUUCUAUCAAUUGAUGGGUAAGAUAUCUAGUGAGGUGUUGGAGAGCAAGCUUCAUGGCUCAGUCAAUGACAGCAUUGUUGUCCCUCAAUGACGUCACCAAAUUGUGAUGAUGAAUGUUUAAAUUUGGGGGUGUAAAAUAUUUUAUGGUGUUUGAUGUUACUUUGUGUUUACGAGAAGUUUGCUAAUGCCUCAAUUAUUUGUUUGCGUUUGAGUUUAUGUUUGUUUUUUUUUUUUGUGUUUCGAGUGUAUAUAUUGUCUAAAUGAACUUGUAUUAAACUAAAAAGAAAAUAAAUUAAACAUAAACGCCAAACAAUAUUCUUUUUACAUACAAAUGCUAA